AUGUCUUUCUGGACUGACGUUUCGGAUGGUGGACAUCGGUCGGGGGUCUCGAGGCGGCGCAAUUCCCUUCGAAGCGUCGAUCAAGAACUGCGGUGGAACAAAACAAUGGAGCGCAGCACUACAUUUGCUCCGCGAAGGAAUUUUAUUACGUGUGCAACUCGUCCCAAGCCACUACAUUGCGACGGUCAGCGCAUGCAGAAGAGGUGGACAAUGGCAGCACGCGCUGUCAGUGCUCAGCGAGGUGCGGAAAGUGAAGAUGGAGCCCCGCGUCACCAUCUACAACGCCGGGAUAAGCGCGUGCGGGAAGGGCGAGCAAUGGCAGCGGGCGUUGGUGCUGCUGGGCGAAUUUCCGGGAUCGAAGCUGAAGCCCGACGUCUCGGCUACAGUGCUGGGAUCAGCGCGUGUGGGAAGAGCGAGCAGUGGCAGUGGGCGCUGACGCUGUUGAGCGAGAUGUUGGAGGUGAAGCUGGAGCCCAACUAA